GGUAUGUUUAUUUAAUUGUAAAUGGGACAGUUAGCACCAAAUCUCCCAGGGGGUAAGGGUUACUCACUGACAUUACUAACAGCCAAUUAGCUUCCAUUAUGUGUUUGGUGUUCUUGAGGAGAACCUUAACAUUAAGUUUUAAAAGUGACUGGUUGUGAUGGCAACAAUAGUUUAUAAACACCAUUUAAUUUUUGUUUACUGAUUUGUAGCCUCGGUUAUUUUCUCAACGAGUACCUAGUUUGCAGCUUUCCUUUGGAAAAUACAUCACCUCCACCAUAGACAUCUGUCCCUUUGUGGUUAUGCUUCCAGAAGAGGGGGGGGAGGGGUUCUUGUAAAGACUUCGCGUAGACUUGUGGCUUCAGCCACUGCCAGAUAUGUUUGGAGUGAAGCUGAAUAUGAUGUAGUAACGUGGGUUUGAUUUUAACUGGCAGAGAUGGAAACAAAAUGAAUGCCGGGCGCUUUCAGGGAGUUGCUAUUAAGAGAACUGAUACUAGAAAGAGGAACACAUUUGUGUCUUACCAAACCAGUUACGGGCUGCCUUACCAUGCUGGGAAGGUGGAUGGUCUGUUGGUAAGGUCAAAGAAAGUUUUUAAAACAUCACACUGCACUUAAUAACUGCCCAUCCGAACCCUUAGUGAUUUAAUUUUACAAACCGAGGAAAGAUAAGAAGGUCAGAUGUGGUCUCCAUGCUGAGAGCCCAUGGCUUCGGCUAAGCAUUUUCUUUUCCACUCAGUGCUGUAAUCUGUCAGCUGAGCCAUUUUAUUCCUGUUCAGUGUUUUUCUACUUGAGGAAUGUUUUGGCCCCUUAUUUAUUUUUUUUAGAGUAGUCCUUGAGAGCAGAAAAUAUUUUGAUUACAAAGGAUUUUCACUAGUAGAAAUGGAAUUUCCCCUGCUCCAGGAUCCUUCCUUAAAGUCUUACUUUCUUCCCACUCCACCACCCAGAUUUUAGGAGAAUUAAAACUCAUCACUUAGUAACUCUAUUUCUUUUCCCCUAAGAAAUUCUGUUUUCUCCUAGUACCAUUUUUAGUAAUUAGCAGAAUUUAUCAAAAUUCAUAGUGCCUCCAGAUUUAUAGCCAUACAUAUGAAUGCACACACACACAUAUAUAUGUAUGCACACACACACACACAGAGUUAACAUUUGCCUUUUUUUCUUGCUGUUUAGUUAGUGGAUCUGGGUUGAUGCCUGAAGUAUAGGGAUUUAGGAACUAAGAGUAAAGAAUUUGGUUAGCAAUGAACAUUUCCACGUAAAGCUUUCUUUGUUUUGUGGAAAAAAGAAAGCUUUGGAGUUGCUGGUGUUGCCCAGAUUGCUGUUGCACAUAUGAAGUUUGCAUUUCCUCUGGCAUGGCGUUACACUUUAUGCUUGCUCCGACUGCUUCUACUUACUCAAGAAAUGGAAUGACCCAAUACGUCAUUGAGUGAAUGGCUGGGUGGAUACGUCUUCCAAAGUACACAAGUAGAAAGAUUUCUUUCCCUUUAUAAAACCUAUAUAUAUAUAUCUCUUUACGACUUUAUAUUACUUUGGGGUAGGGUAACAAUACAUUUGUCAUCCGAGGAUAUUUGAAGAUUCAAGAGGUUCUGCAAACAAUUGCGACAAGUAUCUGGAGGAGAACAGAAACAUUAUUAUGCCUGUGUUCCCUCGGGACUCUUUGGAAAUUGCACAGUGACAUCAUCUGGGAUUUAGUCUGGAGUGUGCAGCUGAGUGCCUAAGAUGGAAGUAGAUAUAAAUGGGGAGUCCAGAAGUGCCCUGACCACCCUGCCAUUACCUGUGGCCGAGGGGAGCUCGCCAGGGAAGGCAGAGGCAGAGAAACCCCGUUGCUCUAGCACGCCAUGCUCGCCCAUGCGUCGGACUGUGUCUGGUUACCAGAUCCUCCACAUGGACUCUAACUAUUUGGUUGGCUUUGCAACUGGCGAGGAACUCCUGAAGUUAGCCCAGAAGUGCACCGGAGGGGAAGAGAGCAAGGGAGAAGCCAUGCCGCCCUUCCGCUCCAAACAGCUGGAUGCGGGACUCGCACGCUCCUCUCGUCUCUAUAAAACCAGAAGUAGGUACUAUCAGCCAUAUGAGAUUCCAGCUGUUAAUGGCAGGAGGCGAAGGCGGAUGCCCAGCUCGGGAGACAAGUGCACCAAAUCCUUACCUUAUGAACCUUAUAAGGCCCUCCAUGGGCCGUUGCCUCUAUGUCUUCUUAAAGGUAAGAGGGCUCACUCCAAAUCCCUGGACUACCUCAAUCUAGAUAAAAUGAACAUCAAGGAGCCAGCUGACACGGAAGUACUUCAGUACCAGCUUCAACACCUGACCCUCCGAGGGGACCGAGUGUUUGCUAGGAAUAAUACAUGAACGACUUGCACAGAGUUUAAACCGCUUUAAGCCAGCCCGUACUCGGCUAGAGAAUAAUCUACUGUCGUUCUCUGUACAUGACCCUUCACAUUAGAGAUGGUUGUAUCAGCUAAAGUGUUCCUGGGACAUUAAAAAAAUUGUUUGGAUCAAGUUUUGGAUACAGGAAUGAAAUCACAGGUACUUGGGGGCGGGGCGGGGGGAUAUCAUUCUAGAGCACGAAAUUGCAAAGAAAACCGAAUGUUGACCGUUAGUUUGCAUAGCUUUUUAGCUAGAACAAGGGUUUGGUGCAGUAAUUUCACCUCUAUGAUUCUGACACUCAAAUUGGGAAUGUUUCCUGCUUGGUUGUUGCUAACUUGGUAUGAUUCAUUAGAAAUUUAUAUUGAAGUGCUCAGUGCUUCUCGGAUCUCUGUAUUUUACUAUACAAUGUAUGUAAUGAUUUGUCUUACGAAAUUUAGCGCUUGAACACUGCUGAAUUGGACCACUUUUUAUUUUUAAAUAUUGAGUUUAAAUAUUUUAUAACUGGUUUUGCACUGAAAACAAUUAACAUUUCAGAUUGAGAGGAUAACCUUUCUUCACUUGCCUCAAUACUAAUAUUGAGCAAUGGAUUUUUUUUUUUAAUUUCCGCAUGGAAAGUUACCGAUCUCUAUGGCUGUAAAAUAUUCCUUUAUAGCAUUAUUAAAGUGUGUCUUAAUAAAAUUAAAUUUGGGAUAUAAAGUAUUUAUUUUACAAUGGGUAGUGGGUGGGAUGCGUGUCCAGAAUGUUUGUGACAUGGAGUUUCCAUCAGUUGGAAAUAUUUCCUUAGUGCUUAUUCUCUAACUUGAAAUCCACAUGGAACUUGAAGAUGGAAAGGAUUCUCUCCACUGGGUUGCUGGCAUAGUACUGCUUGCAUCUCAACUUCUUAUAAGUGAAUACAGCUUUCGCAGAGGCUCUCCUGAUUUUGACGAUCCAAUGCUUAGACUGGGUGUAAGGUGAUACCACUCAGCACAUCCUUGGGUCUUUCCGAGUUUAGUUCUCUGCAUCACAGCACUCACUGAAAUUACAGUUUCAGGAUUAGUGUAGGAGCCUAACGUGCUUCUACAGUUUUAAUGGGCUAAUCCUGGAUUACCUAACAAUUUACGUCUAUCACAUUGGUCUAAUUUGUUGCUAAAGAAAUAAUUCCUUGCCUUUAGUAACAGAAGCAGCUCAAUUACUCUUGACCAUAAAUGUAUGUAACUUAAACUUUUGUAAACAUUUCUAUUUCAUUCCGUCUUAAAGGUGCAAUUUAUUACUGAUUUGGCAUUUCUGGCUAUCUAGAACUACACAUUUUGUUUUCUUUUUUGGCACUUGGAGUUUCCUAGGGGUUAAGCAGUCUUGCUUAUAAAUUAAGAACACUUUUAAAUUGAUGAAUGGUCCAUUCCUGGAACAAUUGUGGUUUUCCUCUCUCCAGAAUGAGUGGCAAAUUUUAUUUAGAGAAGAAUAAAUGUUAGCAACCCCAGGAACUCUUAAUGGAUACUUAUUGUGCAUUCACAGAGCAACCAUGUGACAGCAUGUGUGAGAGAGCCAUGGAGAUGCUGACUCACAUCUUACUGAGUUGAUCAGAGUUUUCAGUGGCUGGAAAGUUUCCGAUGUUGUCUAUUUUAAAAGUAAACUGCACCUUUGUAACAUAUUGUAUUGAAUGAUCACUAAGAUUAACUAUAUCUAUACAGUCAAUAGUUUGACAAGUAAUAGAAUCCUGUCAGAUGCCAAAGAGUUGGGAUUUUUACAUUUAAUGAUUAAACACCGUUAUUUAUUGAUGAUUUACCCUCUGGAACUGUAUUUCUAACUAUGAAAUAAAAGGGUGACGUAAACAUA